GCGGCACCAUUCACUUUGCCUGAAAGCCACUGCUGUUGGUUCCUGAGAUGAUCUCAUCGGAACAUGGCUCCAGAGGACCUCAGCGGCAGGAACUAGAAACAGCUUGCUUUCUGCCAUGGCAGUGUUUUGAAAAAGGCAAAAUCAGAUUUUAUCAUGUGGGCAACCUGCUGCAACUGGUUCUGCCUGGAUGGACAGCCUGAGGAGGCCCCACCCCCCCAGGGAGCCAGGACGCAGGCCUAUUCCAAUCCUGGGUACAGCUCCUUCCCUUCUCCAACAGGUUCUGAACCAAGCUGCAAGUCCUGUGGGGCCCACUUUGCAAACAUGGCCAGAAAGCAGACCUGCCUGGACUGUAAGAAAAGUUUCUGCAUGUCCUGUUCGAGCCAAGUGGGGAAUGGGCCCCGCCUCUGCCUUCUCUGCCAACGAUUCCGAGCAACGGCCUUUCAGCGGGAGGAGCUCAUGAAGAUGAAGGUGAAAGACCUGAGGGACUAUCUCAACCUCCAUGACAUCUCUACAGAAAUGUGCCGGGAGAAAGAGGAGCUGGUGUUCUUGGUGCUUGGCCAGCAGCCUGUAAUCUCCCAGGAGGGCAGGACUCGUGCCCCUACCUUGUCCCCAGACUUCCCCGAGCAGCAGGCCUUCCUGACCCAGCCUCAUGCCAGCACAGUACCUCCUACCUCACCCAACCUCCCUUCUUCACCUGUACCAGCCACCUCUGUUUCCCCAGCCCAGGCUCAGGAAAAUCAGCAGGCCAAUGGCCAUGUGUCUCAGGACCAAGAAGAACCCAUCUACCCGGAGAGCACAGCCAGAGCACCUGCUGAGGAUGAGACCCAGUCUGUUGACUCAGAGGACAGCUUUGUUCCGGGUCGGAGGGCCUCUCUGUCUGACUUGACUGACCUGGAGGAUAUUGAAGGUCUGACUGUGCGGCAGCUGAAAGAGAUUCUGGCUCGCAACUUCGUCAACUACAAGGGCUGCUGUGAGAAGUGGGAGCUGAUGGAGAGGGUGACACGACUGUACAAGGAUCAGAAAGGACUCCAGCACCUGGUGUGUGGUGCUGAAGACCAAAACGGAGGAGCAGUGCCAUCCAACCUGGAGGAGAACCUGUGUAAAAUCUGCAUGGACUCACCCAUUGACUGUGUUCUGCUGGAAUGUGGCCACAUGGUAACCUGUACCAAGUGUGGCAAGCGCAUGAAUGAGUGUCCCAUCUGCCGGCAGUAUGUGAUCCGGGCCGUGCACGUCUUCCGA